GCGAGCAGGCAGGCUUCACAGUAGACCCAAUGCCUCCAUCAUGAAACAUUCCAGCAGGAUUUUCGUUGCUUUGGGUGCAACCAUAUGUUCUUCCAUUGGUGCGGUGGGAAGUGAUGCCUCUGUGCGUCCUCGGGGUGUAGGUCCGGAGUUUAGUAAAUAUUACAAAGACUCUUCCACUUUCACCUGCAUUUCUAAUCCCUCCAUUCAAAUUCCCUUCUCCGCAGUGAACGAUGAUUACUGCGACUGUCCUGAUGGCAGCGACGAACCGGGCACCUCGGCAUGCGCCUAUGUAUCGCAGUUUUCUCCUUCUGACUUUAAGGAUGAUAAGGUUAACCGUACUCCGGUUCUCCCCGGAUUCUACUGUGUUAAUAAAGGUCAUAGACCAUCAGUCAUAUCGUUCCAGCGAGUCAAUGAUGGCGUUUGCGACUAUGAGAUGUGCUGCGACGGUAGCGAUGAAUGGGCCCGGGUUGGUGGCUUAAAAUGUGAGAAUAGGUGCAAGGAGAUUGGAAAAGAAUGGCGAAAGAAUGAAGAAAAGAGGCAUAAAUCCCUGACCGCGGCGGUGAAGAAGAGGGCAGAGCUUGUGAAAGCUGCGGCUAAACUACGAAAGGAGGUGGAAGACCGCAUCUCGGAUCUUGAAGUGGAAGUUGUGGCCUCAGAGUUGAAGGUGCAGAACCUAGAACAAGCUCUCGAAACAGUCCGGGCCAACGAAAGGGGCAAAGUGGUGAAGGGCCAAAAUAAGGGCAAAGUUAAUGUUCUUGCUGGACUAGCCAAGGAGAGGGUCGAAGAGUUGCGAGGGGCAUUGGUGCAGGUGCGCCGGGAAAGGGAUGAGAAUUUGGUGAGAGUUAGUCAACUCGAGGCCAUACUAUCAAAAUUCAAGGAGGAAUACAACCCAAAUUUCAACGACGAAGGCGUAAAGCGUGCUGUCCGGGCCUGGGAAGAUUAUGCUGCGCGUGGCGAUACAGGUAGCGAUGGCGAUGAAACGCUAAAUCGAGAUCUGGAUGAAAUUUGCAAACCGGACGGUGAAAAUUCAGGCAUUGACUGGGAUCAUUGGGAAAAUGAACAAGAUGUAGAAUCUGAAAUCGGUCUUCUUUACAAAGUCGCCGCCUAUCUUCCCGAUUCAUUGAUUAACUACUUCGAAGAUAAAGUUCUUCAACUCCGCUCGUUUUUAAUAUCAAAUGGCAUCCUUGCGGAUAACAGCGGCGACUUAGGCACCACAGAGUCCAGAGCAGUGACGGAAGCUCGGAAUGCACUUUCUACUGAAGAAUCAUCCUUGAAUAGAAUUCGCUCUGAGUUGGAGGAUCAAAAAUUAGACCUUCACAAAGACUAUGGAAGUGAUUCCGUAUUUCGCUCGCUGAAGGGCUCAUGCAUAUCUAAGGACUCUGGUGAAUAUACCUAUGAACUCUGUUGGAUGGAGAAAACGAAACAAAUACCCAAGAAAGGCGGAUCCACCACAACAAUGGGCACCUUUUCUGCGUUUACUACAAUUACUGUCGAUGAGCAGGACUCAAAUGGGAAGGUCGUCCCUCAAAAAAAGAUAGCACUGGAAUACACCAACGGACAAACAUGCUGGAAUGGCCCCGCACGUUCAACCAAGAUUGUUUUGGAAUGUGGGGAGCAGGAUGAGAUCUUGAAGGUUACGGAAGACGAAAAAUGCGUGUAUAGUAUGUUUGUGACGACCCCAGCUGCCUGUGAAGAAGUUUCCAAGAACAGCAAUGCCGCCCGUGAUGAUCGCAAAGACGAGCUGUGAGGGAACAAACGAACCGCAGAAAAAUUUGAUAAUAUUUGGUUAGUUACACAGGAUUGUUGCAAACUAGAUGGGCUUACGUGCUUACUUCCACCUUUAUUCUUUAUUCUUCUUGUUUCUAGCAGACUUGAAUUCCUUCACAGUAAGAUUAUCUAUUUCCCUGUGCAGCCUGGUAGUGUCAUUUUAUGCUGGUUUCUCGUCGCUCUUAUCUUUGUUGUGUCAUCAUUCCAUUUACACAUGCUUCGCUGCUCCUGACUUGAAUGCUCGUGCGGAUACCUCAUUGAAAUGACGGUAGAGAAUCCACAACUGAUACACAAGCUAGCCCGCCAUAAUACAAUAACAUGAAAAAGAGCCAUUACCAAUUUCAAACCUUCCUCAGAAA